GGAACAAACAUACAUCCAUUCAUCCAUCCUCACAAACUUUCGCAUUUAUAAUAUUAGUAGGAUAAGAUGAGGUAAAGAUAAGUGACAAAAUGUCUUAUAUUCUAUGUUACAAUCUUAACAAGUAGGUCAACGGUCUAGUAAUGAAGUGAAUGGUACAACUGUUUCAGCUCCGUGUCGGACCUUAAACACAAUUACUGAGUCACAUAAUUGUCCAUUCAUUUCGGAUGAUUAGAAUAGGCCUUCGUUAUACAGGCCCAUUUUGAGAUUGCGUUACUAAACGAUACAUACUUAUCUACUUGGAAAUAACAAUUUACAAUCAGUUACUUGAGUCAUAGAUAAAUAAAAAAGUGUAAGUUUUCAACAAAAUUUAUGUAGGAUAAACGGAACGUAAUUUGUGCGUGAAACGGAAUGUGUAAUGUGUGAGGGGGAAGGAGGAUGUUUUUUGGUAAGGGGGUAGUUUUAGAAGUAUGGAGAAUUAAGACGCAAGGAAAAAGACGUGUAAUGUAAAAUAAUAUAAAACGAGUACAAAGUGAAGAAAAAUCUUUUAUUUACAAUAUCCCACACAUUUUGGGGGCUCGUCCGGGAUAUUGUUUAGCAAGAUAAGAAGAUUAAGGCGUAAAACUGCGAAAGACGAAGAGCAGAAAAAUGGCGGAACAAGACGUGCAAACCCAAUUAUUCGUGCCGGAUAUGAUAAGAUUCAGCGGCGAAGAUCCCGCGUAUACAUCGUCUAAGUGGGCGCAAGAUCUAGACGAUAAUGCCGAAAUCUUCGGGUGGACGCCGCAACAGCGUCUUGUAAUUGCCCGGAGAUCAUUAACGGGAACUGCUGAGCUAUGGCUGAAAACUGAAAGAGUGCACAAGACCUAUGAUGAGUUGAAGACGGCCAUCCUAAAGGAAUUUCCAGACGCAACCAAUAUAAAGGAGAUGCACGAGCUUAUGGCAGCUCGGAAAAAGCGAAAAGAAGAGUCCUUUUAUCAAUACAUGUUAAUUAUGAAGGAGAUGGGUAAGAGGGCGAAAUUCCCAGACUAUAUAGCCAUUCAGUACAUCAUUGAUGGAAUCGUGGAUUUGGAAGUUAAUAAGAGCAUAUUAUAUGGUGCGGCAACGUACCCGGCGUUUAAAGAGAAAUUGACGAUAUAUGAAAUGAUUAAGAAGAAAUCAGCCAAGCAUGUAGAACGACCUGCGGUGAAGCAAGCCGAGAUUACUUCGCGUUACCACUGCUAUAAUUGUGGCGGGAAAAAUCAUGUAGCAAGCGCAUGCGGAAAUGGUCUAAAAUGUUUUAAAUGCAACCAAUUCGGCCAUAUUUCAACCAAAUGCACGGCGACAGAGGCAAACAUUGGCGCUAGUGGCAACGUCACGUCGGCAAAACAGCAGCAUGUGGCAAGUGGAUCGACGUAUCAACAACGACCGUCGCUAAAGCAGCGCGGUGACGUUAGCCAAUCAAAACCCAGUAAACAUGUUGGCAUGGUCGAAGCGUUGACCAAUCAAAACGACGGAGUGAUCGGCCAUGAUUUAUAUGAAGAAAACGUCAGCGGAGCUGUCAUGCAAGUUGUAAACAAUAAACAAAGUCGGCAAAUACUAAGUAACAACGCGUUAAAGGCAGUCAAACUAGGAGAUUUCAUUGUGGAUGCGUUGGUGGAUACCGGCAGCGACGUAAAUCUGAUGUCUGAAGACUUAUGUGAAGAGUUAAAAGUGCAAUGCGUAGAUGAUGAGACUUUAUUGUCUGGACUCGGUCUCGCGAAAGUGAAAUCGUGCGGAAAAGUUUUCGUCAAUAUAAGUGUAGAUGGACAUUGUUAUUCAAAUAUUAUAUUUCAUGUAAUAUCUAAAGAAUCAAUGCCGUAUAGGUUAAUAAUUGGCCAAGAGUUUCUUAAAAACAUUGUUAUGGUAGUACGUGAAGGUGCUGUGCUAUUAUUGACACAAGAUGAUGAAUGGUUGGCGAGGGUGAACUGUUGUAUGAGUGUUUGUGAAGUUACAGGUCACAUUUCCAACGUCAAUAUAAAGACGGAGGUCACGCGUUUAAUAGAAGAAUACAGGCCCAACCAAAUCAAGGAAGCCCCUAUCCAGAUGAAAAUAGUAUUGAAGGAUGAUAUUCCGGUGGCUCAGCGACCCCGAAGGUUAUCAAUAGGGGAGCAAAAAAUAGUAGAGGAAUUGGUAGAAGAGUGGCUUCAUAAAGGAAUAAUUCGGGAAAUAUAUAAAAGAUUAUGCAAAAAUAGCCAGACCUCUGACGAAUUUAAUGAAAAAGGAGUUCCCUUUAUAUUUGAGGAUGAGCAAAGGUAUGCUUUCAAUAUAUUAAAACAAAUGCUCACCAGUGAACCAGUGUUAAAGAUUUAUAACCCUAACCUACCAACCGAGUUGCACACUGAUGCCUCAAGUUGUGCGUUGGCAGCUAUAUUGUUGCAAUUGCAUCCAGAAGGUGAACUUCAUCCGGUUCAUUACAUGAGUCGCAAGACCACUGAAGCUGAAAGCAGAUACUCUAGUUAUGAGUUAGAAGCACUUGCCAUUGUUGAAGCAUUGCUAACUGGAACAAAGAUGAGAUGUAAAGAAGACAUUCAAGUGAUGGAACUAUUACAACAAGAAAUUAUUGAGAGUUAUGAUGAAAGUAGAGAAAGCUUAAGGCAAGAAGCCAAGCAGCAGAUCCAAAAAAUGCAGGAUGAGAAUAAAAAAGCAUAUGAUAAGAAGAGAAAACCCAGUUCAUCUUAUGAGCUAGAUGACUUAGUGGCUAUUAAGAGAACGCAAUUCGGACCAGGGCAGAAAGUUAAGCCUAAGUUUUUGGGGCCAUACAGGGUUGUCAAAGUAAAAAGAAACGACAGGUAUGAUGUUGAAAAGCUGUAUGACACAACAGAAGGACCAAACAAGACUUCUAGUUCUGCUGACCUGAUGAAAAAAUGGCCAGGUAUUGUAUGA